AUGGUCGCCGAAGAACAGCCCUCCACACACAAGAAGACGCGCAUUAUUUCUGUUGUCGCCGCGACCGCAAUCGCGCUUGCCUGUGGCACAAAUUAUGCCUACUCAGCAUGGGCACCACAAUUCGCCGAUAAGCUUCAACUCUCCGCGACCCAGAGUAAUGUCGUCGGCACGGCUGCCAACUUGGGCAUGUAUGCGUCUGGCAUACCCAUGGGCAUCAUAACGGACAGGAAGAGCCCCAGACUUGCCGCGAUUAUUGGCACGUUUGCGCUCUUUGCAGGCUAUUAUCCCAUCAAGCUUGCGUACGAUGGAGGCCCAGGCUACAUGAGCGUUGCUCUGAUAUCCUUUUGUUCCUUCUUGAGUGGUGUGGGCAGCUGUGCUGCAUUCCAGGCCGCUUUAAAGACAGCGACGCUCAACUGGCCAACCCAUCGCGGAUCGGCCACCGCUUGCCCAUUGGCAGCUUUUGGCUUGAGCGCCUUUUUCUACACUCUCAUCGCCGGCAUAGCAUUCCCAGGCGAUACCUCCGGACUGCUCAUGAUGCUUUCUCUUGCGACCUCACUAGUCGUUCUAGUAUCGAUACCCUUCCUAAUCGUCGUCGACCACAAAGCUGGCACUGGCUAUGCUGUCCUACCCACCAGCGAACGUGUGCGACGCAACUCCAACGUCCUCCAUAAGACAAAGUCCAACGGGACCAGGUACAAGUCAUCUGCUCUCCCACAGCAGGAAAUCAGUAAGCGAUCCUUUCCUUUCCCACCUCCGUUUCCCCCCGUCACCUGCCAACCGCUUCUAGCAGCCGAAGAAGAACAGGAUCGACCAUCAACCGAAACCUCGUCUCUCUUAUCUUCUGGUCCUGGCGACAUCAUCGACGAUGACGACGACGCAGCAAGCAAGAAGUCGACUAAGUCAUGUAUAGAUAUUACUGGGCUGGCACUCUUGAGCAAAUCGGAAUUCUGGCAACUGUGGGUGCUCAUGGGUCUCCUGACAGGUGUUGGUUUAAUGACUAUCAACAAUAUCGGCCACGAUGUCCAGGCUCUCUGGAAACACUGGGAUGACUCGAUCAAGAACGAUUUCGUCGCUCAUCGACAACUUUGGCACGUCUCGAUGAUCUCGCUCUGUUCAUUCCUAGGACGUCUAUCUUCCGGAAUCGGUUCCGAUUUCAUCGUCAAGAGACUGCAUCACUCGCGAUUUUGGUGUGCUGCCAUUUCAGCCACCAUUUUUGCCCUGGCUCAGGUCGCUGCCAUCCGUGUUGAAGACCCGCAUCAUCUGUGGGCUGUAUCCGGACUCUCCGGUCUCGCAUAUGGUGUUUUGUUUGGCGUUUUCCCGGCGCUUGUCGUCGAUGCUUUCGGCCCCGAUGGCUUCGCUGUCAACUGGGGUUUCAUGACUUUGGCACCCGUCGUGAGCGGCAACAUCUACAAUCUCUUCUAUGGCGCUGUAUAUGACUCUAACUCAGUGGUGGAACCGGAUGGUCAACGCGGAUGUGAGCUGGGGCUCAAGUGUUACCGAACGGCGUACUAUGUUACUCUCACAUCGAGCAUAUUGGGCAUCUUCGCUUGUUUCUGGGGUAUUUACGGCGAGCAUGUAAGGAAGAGGCGUGAGCUGGAAGAGCAUGAUGGACAUAGAGAUGCUUGA